AUGAUCAGGGGGGCUUGGAUGUAUCCAAGAGAAGAUGACGCUGUGUUAAAAAUUUGUUGUGCACCAAGACAAAACGACAAACCCUGCGCUGAUUCCGAGAGGGCACAGAAAUGGCGAAUGUCUCUGGCAUCCCUUCUAUUUUUCACUGUCCUCCUCUCUGAUCAUCUGUGGCUCUGUGCUGGAGCCAAGCUCAGAUCCAAGGAUAGGAGCUUAGCCAUGCAGACGCCUUGGGGGGACGCAAGCCAGCGCGCCUUCCAGCCACAUUUCCUACUGACAGGGGAUCAACAGUCACAGGAGGGGAGGUGUGAGAUUUUUUUAAGCAAUUUGACCAAAUUUGCUGCUCCGAUCCCAUAUUGCACUGGUGCCCGGGGUCAUUUCGAUCUGGACUCAGCUUGCACCAAAUUGUAUUCCUUGCAGCGACUCUUGGGCUCUUUCCCUUCUGUACCCUUAAGGCCACCCCCCUCCUCCUCCUCUUCAUCAGCCUCUUUUUUUUCCUCUUCCUCCUCCAAAAUAAACUUCUUAAAGGCUUAUUUUAGGAACUUCAACCUCUCUUUUUGUGAUACUUACACGAUCUGGGACCUGCUGCUGGGCAUGGCCGGCCCAGACAGCUUGGAUUGCAGUUUGGACAACCUGAUGGUGGAUUUCGUGGCUGCUGCAGCCGGUGCUCUGGACGGAGAGGCGUGUAGCAGCUGCGUCCAGGCUUAUCAGAGGCUGGACCAACACGCUCAGGAAAAAUAUGAGGAGUUUGACCUCUUGCUGGAGAAAUACUUGCAAUCAGAAGAGUAUUCAGUUAGAUCCUGCAUAAGAGACUGCAAGGCUGUCUACAAGGCCUGGCUGUGCUCCGAGUAUUUCAAUGUGACACAACAACAGUGCCAACACCGGAUUCCAUGCAAGCAAUACUGCCUGGAGGUGCAGACCAGGUGCCCCUUUGUGUUACCUGACAAUGAUGAGCUGAUCUAUGGAGGAUUGCCUGGUUUCAUCUGUACGGGGUUGCUAGAGAACCAAUUAUCCAAUGAGGAAGCAAAGUGCUGCGAUGUGCAAUGGGACUCUUGUGACCACCCACCAGACAGCAACUACAAUGCGUCCCCCAAAUCCACAGAGUCGGAGUCAUUCCAUUACCACCAUCAUGACCCCCACCUUCAUCACCACCAGCAGCAUCACUAUCACCUCUACCACCACCACCAGUACCACCAACCCCACCCACCAUCUUUGCUGCCUGUCUCCGCAGGGUCUCGCCUCAGCAACAGCAAAAUCAGACUGUGCGUCCUGGUCCUUAUGCUUCUCCACACCAUGGUGUCCUUCUCAAGCGUGCACAGCAGCGAGGGGACUGCCAGCAGGGGGCUGAGCUUGGAGGCCCUGCCUGCCAUGGAUGAGAGCAUAACAAGAGAUGAGUGA